AGGACCCCUCCAAGCCGAAUCCUUGUCUCUUGGUUCCAAGACUACCUUAGUCCUGCUACCUGUUGAAGGACGAGUCGAUAACGGCACCCCUACCUACCUAAGACUCCACAACCUUCCCAAAACGCUCGCAAAUCCCCAACCUGGACUCGAGUCUUUCCCGUGUGCCGCUCUCUCUGCCCCAUACAUUAGAAACUACGACCUACUCCAGAUGCCCAGCUUCUGCCAACAUGGCUAAAUACCGCUCCGUUCUAGCACAGCAUGACCAGUCUGGACUCUCUUCUUGUGCGCCCUCCAGCCAACCGACACCUGACUGAGCCUGCCCCCCUUCCGGACCACUCCCCGUACCGGUACCCAAGGUAUCCGUCUGAUAUCUUGCGUGCCUUGAAGCCCAAAAAAGUGACAGACCCUCGCCACCCCAUCGCGCAGCUAACCCAAGCGACGGAAAGGCCCGACAGCCAGGCCAUCCGCGUUCACGCAUCCUUCUCAUGACAGGUCCCGUCGUCCUCUUCAAGCCUCGACAAUAUGGACAAGCCACCGCCGCGACCUCUCCUUCCAGCGCCCCCACCGUCCGAAUCACGCGCCGGCUUGAAGACGCCACCCACCGGUACCCCUCUGCCACCGAGACGAUCGGCCUCCAUAGCCGCCUGCGAGCUUUGCCGGGAGAAGAAAGCAAAGUGCGACAGCCGACGGCCGACCUGUGGACGGUGCUUAAGCAACGGCGUCCAGUGCACCUAUACCACCAAGGUCAAUGAGACGCUGACCCAGGCCGAUAAAAGAGAGAAGGCGCGAUACAAGAAAGAGCGGGAUGACCUGUUACAUCUUCUGACCUCGAUCCGUGACAAGCCCCAACGCGAAGCCGAAAACAUCUUUGCCCGCCUUCGCGUUUUCAACGACCCAUUCGAGGUGUGUCAGUCUUUGAGGGAUGCCGAGCUGCUGCCUUUUGUUUCUUCUAGCCCGGCCAAGCUCCCCUCUCCGUCCGACGCGAAUGAAAUCAUCGACAUACACGUCCCAGCUCGACCGUGGACAACGCUGGUCAACGAUGCUGUUGUUUCGAGGCUGAUGUCGCGCUUCUUCUCGCCUAGCUCCCAGCUAUUCCCGGCUAUUGACAGAGAUGUCUUCGUCUCCGACAUGCAAGCCAAGAAUCUGACAACGUCCAAGUUGUGUUCACCUCUUCUUGCCAAUGCCGUCUGCGCCAUGCCUUGUUUUGAGUUGACCUCGAGCACCGGUCUUGUCGAGCUCUUCCUGAGCCAAGCGAAAUCCAUCCUCGAGCGAGAACAUGGCCGACCCUCUCUGCCUACGGUUCUCGCUUUAUACCUUUUAUACCUGAUAUCAGCCUUGCUGGGCAGGGACCGUGCCGGCUUGCACUUUCGGCGGACGAGCCUUGACAUGUUGGAAUACCUGGAUUUGGAGUCAAGAAUAAAGUAUUUGCGCGACGAUGUUCCAGAUCAGGCUCUCGAACGACGUGUGUUGUCGAAAGCUCUAUGGGGGAUUUUCGUGGCGGAGAGACUUUUCGAAUUGGACACCCCCAUCCAGACAUCACUUUGUGCUGACAAUGCUCGCAAUGCAGCGAUGGCGGAUGCCGACGGCGACGUCAAUGGAAGAUUGACGGACGCCUUGUGCAGCCUCGCCGAAAUCCAAUAUACCAUUGCCAUGCAUGAGGCUGAACAAAACACUGGUGUGGGUAGUGGGGAGGAUAUUAGGAUACGGCAAUCCAUCCUUUUGCGGUGGAGGGUGCUGUGUGAUUUGUUUUCAAAUCAGCUUCAGGCAGAGACCAACUCGUCGUUGUCGAGCUGCUACGUCAGGUGA